AAAGAGAUGAUUGUGGACACAGCCACAGGCCACCAAAAUUGCUCUGCAGAGCCUGUGGUGUCUCCCUGAGUAAGAGCAUGUCUCAGCUCAGGGAUCUGGAGUUCCUUGUGUUAGACCACCUCAGGUUAUGUAUAAAAAGCUCACUGUGGUGUGGUUCUCCCUCAUUUUUUGCUGGAGGGAGGACUGUGAUAUCAGCCUUCCUAAAGUCACUCCCUAAGGCUUCUCUGAUCCUCAUCCUGCAGUUCCUGCAGAGGUCCAGGUUCUCCGGUGGCUUCACUCGUAGAGAUGAGGACUCAUGAGUUAGAAAUGGCAGUGUUGCAGAACAAUAAGCAAAAGCCUCGAUCUCUUCCAGUCUGGGCAGUCACUGGGCAGUGAUCAGGUCUGUUUUCAGUUACUUGUCCUACAUUUCCUGGUUUCUUGUGUAUCUGUAUCAAUAUGUGUAUGUGCACUUUAGGAACCACGGAGCAGGAGUUGAGCUGGACACCGGGAGGAGUAGAGGAGGUGCGUAAGACAAAACCAGAUCCUAGAUCUUGGAGAUCAGAAUAACCCGGUGGGAGAAAGGUUAAGGGCUAAAAACUCUCCAGGUUUCCUGAAGUCUGAGCAAUUAUUUAGGUCUUUCCAGAGUCUCUGUAGAAGAGAAGGCUGUGGGGCUUAUGUGAAACGAGGCUGACCUGUGGCACUGGGAGGGAACAUCAGAAAAAUUAGUAGGGACUGCCUGUUGGAGACACUGGGAAGAAUCUCCAAGAAGAAAGAGUUAGCAGGAAUCUCGAUUCUCCAGCAGACAAGACCAAGGAGCCACCAGCUGCUUGGCCAUAGGCCUUUUGGUGCUUUGGAAAGCCCCAAAUUUGAGAUUAUCUCCCUCAAAUUUUUGGUUAUCUGCUGGCAGAAGCAGAGGUAACACACCCAGGUGAGCAUCUGGGCAGUAUCCCCAAAAGUACUCUGGACCUGCAGGAGUAAUGAGCAGUGACACUAUUGCUCAUUUAGUUUUGUCCCCCCUUUCUGCUUUGCUCCCUUUAGUUAUUCCACUAGCCUUCAUUGACUUGCUGCUAAAUUAUUUUCAUAGUAAAAUAAGCCAGUUUGCAGCCUGACUGAAAUAAUUAAUUACUACUGGGCUACAACCCAGUGUGAGAUCCUCCAUAGCCCCAUCGGUGUUGGAAGCAGAGGCUGAAAAUAGAGUGUGAAAAUAGAGUGGCUGUGGGUGUCGAGCGUUCCCAGAGGGCUUGGCCAGGAGUAGGGGUGUUUAGGAGACAGUUUGUGUCGCUUAAAGGCUGCUAAUAAAUUCAGCUAGAGGCUCUAAAUCUGUGUUUAACUCUGGUGGAUAAGCCAGGGCAGACGCAAGAACUGGGAUUUGGGAAAUAUAUUUUUAAGAAGAUCUGACUUGGGGUGGAUUUUAGAAGGAGUCUGUGAGUGAAACAAGAGUUUGCUCUUAUCGCUCGGGCAGUUUGAGAUAUCACUUGGUGAGAUUUGAGCUGAAAGGAGAGAAAUUGGAGUGAGGAAACUGAAUUUUAGCAAGCAAAUAUAGCUGUACCUACAGCCUGAGGGAAACCACUUUACACCUAGUGGGUGCUGACAGGUUUCAAGGCCAGGUUUUGGUUCCAGGUUGCUGUAGCCAGUUGUUUUCCCCCCAGCUCACAGACAGAAGCUUAAAAUGUGCUGGUGUCCAUCCAAAGAGGAUCUGUCUGUUUAUCCUGAGGUAGCAAAGGCAAAAGUGGGAAGGGUUCCACCUCAAACCACUGUAAACCACUGGUGCCUGUUGCUGCCUGUGUGUUUAUAUGGGUUGGUUUUUGUUUUGUGUUAAUUUUUGUGUGUUUUUGUUUAAAACAGCAGGGUAAUACUGACUUGCUGCUUAGCAGUUUUGCUUCUGCUCCCAGGGCUCUGAAUCUCAGGAGGAAACUGGUUAGAAAUGUAUCCCUUUCCUGCUGAUGCUGUUAAACCAGCAUAUGAGGAGCAUUAGCUUCACAAGAGACAGAGUGAGUUAGUAAGGAAUGCAAAAAUGUACCCUCCGCAGGUGCUACAGCCGCGUGAAGGAGCACGGCGUGGGGAAGAGGAAAAGCAGCUACACGUUCGAGCAGCUGGAGCAGGUGUUUGGGCAGGGAGGAUGGGACUCCCAGCCCUGCCAGCCCGUCCUCAUCAACAGCAGCGGCUUGUACCAGGAGCUGGAGUCGGAUGGCAGCACGAUGGAGGAGUAUUCCCAGGAGGACUGGGGAAACCACAGUCAGGACCUUCACUGCUACCAGACCGGCGAGCAGGAAUUGGAUGAAAUGCCUACCACAAAAAGAACAUUAAAGAUAAAACAGGAGUCUUCAGAAGACGCGCAGAAGCGUGACGUCAUGCAGAACAUUAUGCAAAUCUUGGAGUCGGUCCAGUUGAAGUGGGAGCUGUUUCAGAGCUGGACGGACUUCUCCAGGCUCCAUCUUUCUAACAAACUGGCCAUUUUUGGCAUCGGGUACAACACCCGCUGGAAGGAGGAUAUCCGUUACCACUACGCAGAGAUCAGCUCCCAGGUCCCCCUCGGCAAGCGGCUCCGGGAAUACUUCAACUCGGAAAAACCCGAGGGUCGGGUGAUCAUGACCCGAGUGCAGAAAAUGAACUGGAAAAACGUUUACUACAAAUUCCUGGAGAUCACCAUCAGCGAAGCCCGAUGCUUGGAGCUGCACAUGGAGAUCGACUGGAUUCCCAUCGCUCACUCCAAACCCACCGGGGGGAACGUGGUGCAGUAUUUAUUGCCGGGAGGGAUCCCCAAAAGCCCUGGCCUGUACGCCAUCGGAUACGAGGAGUGCCACGAGAAGCCCCCCUCCCCUCUGGCCGAGCACCGGGCGCCUGACCCCAGCAAUGAGACUCCAGGGGAGCUGGAGGUCCCCUCUCCGCAGGCCUCCCUCCGGGUGGAUAUGGAAUCCGCCCGGAUUAUCUAUUGUUACCUUGGCAUCGCUGAGGUCCGGACUCUCCAGCAGUGCCUGUUUUUACACUUCCAGGCAAACACCAAAACCUUCAGCAAAGAUUGGGUCGGGAUCAACGCCUUUUUAUCUCAGAACUGCGUCGUAGAGCCCGGCGUCUCGCCCAAAUCCAUCUACAUCAAAUUUGUGGAAGUGGAGAGGGAUUUUCUGUCCGCCGGCUCUUUGGUAGAGUGCCUGGAAAAAGCCAUCGGGUACCCCUUAAAAUUUAACAACUGAGUCUCGUCCUUCAUAAGGAUCAGGGCUUUUCCGCCCCAUUUUCCAUCUCACUCGGAUCCUGUCCGUUCACAGCCGGGCGCGUCGGACUUCCCCGCGCGUUGGGGUGCGCGGA